AUGAAGAGGAAAGAAGUGACAAUGGGAUGGAAAGCUAUAUACUUCCUCUUGUCGCCUAACGCAGAACAUGGCAGCAUAUUCAUAUUCAUAAAUCUCCCUCGCAUAGGUUACGGCACCCUAGCGUUUGCCAUGGAGACUGCUGCACUUUGCCUAAUAAUACGGCCCACGUGGCAAAGAAUGGCACUAGCGCCCGAAAGUGUGCCCAGCGUUUCCAUCGAAGCGUACUACGUACGAACGUACUCUGUUAGUGAGCCACACUGUACGUUUAAUGACCCCCUAGGAACGGUACGUAGCGCGGAUGGUAUCACCCUUCUAAGAACUUUGUAUAGAGAUUCUAGAGGAGUAGAAGGGCUCCAGCGAGUAGUAGGCAGGCAGGGAGUGUUUAGGGGUCCGUCACCAACCAUUUUGAAUUGCAGAUUAUCCAUCUACGCGCCUUGCUGCUUCGCAGAUCUCAUAUAUAUUGUAGACUGCAGAAGUCGGGAGCCUGCUACACCGCGACAGUAUACCUUCCGUAGCGAAAGAUUUAUCGCAGUAGUUCCUAGACAAUCGCAAUUGUAA